UGUGCUCACGCGUUCCUCACACGGAUAACAAUUUCUUUUUCUAUAGUUGUCAAAUAUGUUAUAACAGAAAUAUUAGCCUUGUACCAGUAACCAUUGCUUGGAGUAACAACAGGUGAAACUUGACAAAAUAUUAUAUUUAUUACAUGAAUUUCAUUGACGAUGCUCUGAAUACCACAAUAAAUUCCACUGGAUUUUACGGCUUAUAGAUGGAUGGCCAUGCAUGGAAAUAWAUGCUGAAAAUUUGCUCGUCGGUUAAAGUCGACAAUUAAUACUUAGGCCAUGAUGACAUCAUAUGUACUCAAAAAGUCUCCACAAAGAGAAAGAAAGUCAAAGUUUUUCCUAUGUAAAAUAUGUCUUUCAAACUGGCCAACCAAAAAAGCAGUCAAGUUGGAAGAAUGCAACUGUAUCUUCUGUGAAGAGUGUAUGCAAUAUUACCUGGAGCACGCUAUAUCUGAUGGUAAUGUUMUCUACAUUGAAUGUCCCGAUGGGAAAUGUUCUACGAAAGAGGCAAUUUCAGAACAUCAGAUCUCCAAAAUAUUAGAUGAAGUUGCAUUUCAACAGUAUCAAAAAGUAAAGAAAACUAAAGAAGUAAUUAUUGAUAGGACCAAGACAUUUUGCCCUGUAGUUGGAUGUGAUGGCGUUUGUAGUGGAAUACCUGGUGUAUCACAACAAUCAGAAUGUAAAGAGUGUGGUUUUAUACUCUGUUUUCUGUGUAAAGAACCCUGGCAUCCCAACAAGACUUGUAAAGAAAUCAUAAACAGUUYGACUGAUCUAAAAUCUGGGCUUAGAAUAAUUGAUAUACUCAAUAAUGGAGGGAGCUCUGAUAUUAAGCAAUGCCCAAUCUGCUCCAUAUUAAUACAACGAGAUGCUGGAUGUGCUCAAAUGAUGUGUGGAAACUGUAGACAUAUGUUUUGCUGGCAUUGCAGGCAAUCUUUGGAUAGUGACUUACUACUAAGACAUUAUGAUAAAGGACCUUGUAGGAACAAGCUAGGGCAUUCAAGAGCAACGCUAUUUCUACACAGAACACAGGUUGUUGCUGGCUUCGUCUUCUUUGGUGCUAUGAUAGUAGUAGCAUCGCCUUUUUUAUUAAUAAUAAGUCCAUGUUUACUUAUAUCAAAAUUGUGCAAUAACAGCAAUAAAGAAGAUGGUAGUGAAGGUUCUUUAGAUGGUUAAAUAAUAAGGUAUCAACCAACAUUGAAGCUGCUUGUAUUUCAAGCCUUUCAGAGCACAAAAAUUAUCUUUUCCAAUUAUAGCCUUUUUCUGUAAUGGUACACAUAUAACUUAAAACAAGCUUUAGUAGACUAGCAGAAAAACAAAGAGUGUCAUAAUUAUUGUGCAUUUACAAUGAAUUCCAAUGAUGUGUAUCRCAGGAUAUUUAUAGUUACUUUCUAUUUAAGAAUCAAUUUAAGGUUUGUACACAAAUUACAGUGACAAACAUUUGUCACCACAUCUCAACAGAGAUAUUAUUAUAUUAAUAAUAAAGCAUGUUUUUUGGACAAAAUAAUUUAAAACAAAAGAAUAAUUUAUCAAGCUGUAUUUAUUAUAUGAUUUAUCAGGUUCUGGAUUUAUACUAGUUGUGUAGCAAAUACAAAUGCACAAUAAUGUAUUGCACCUAACUUUGGGUAUUGCUAAAAAAUGGAAAAAUUAAAAAAUAAAGGACAUAAUUUUGGAAUACGUUUGCAAUAUUGAAUUAGGGUUAUAAAUAGUAGAAUUUUUGUGCACUCUAGAUAUAUUUCCAACUUUCACAAAAUAAUUCUCAUAAAGAGGAMUAUUUGAAAAAUACUUUACAAAACACCAACACACUAGCCUGUGUACAUCCGUUUCUCACCCCUCAAAAAAUCUCCCCGAUUUUUUGAGGGGUGAGAAACGGAUGUACACAGGCUACAACAAACUAAAGUCAAACCCUAAAGCAUUUGGUUCAAUAUAAUUUUYGCCUUUGAAGCUUGCAGCUCUAGCACGCUUCAUUUCUCCUUAACUCCCGGCAUGUUAAAAUCUAGCAAAUAAUACAACAGUUUCAGAAUAGUUGGUUUAGUUUAUUUCUUUUACUGGAAGUUCUGAUAGUUUGAACUUGUCCAAACAGAGUUCCCUACAUGUACAUGACUUUUGCCGUAUGGUAAGUGCAAUUUAAAAUCAUCAUUAUAAUAAUAUUACUUUAUGAUCUGACGACAUUUAAAAAGGUAAAAUGUGUUGAUAUGAAUAAAUUUUGAAAAAAACUCUAACUACAGUAUAGGUCUGGAAUGUAGUACAUUCACAAUAUUGCUAUAGUUGUAUUGUUGUCUAUGCUCUUCUAGUUUUUAUAAAAUAAAAUAACAUUAAAAACA